AUGUCCCCUCCCUCCCCCGUCCUCAUCUUCAGUCCCUCCGGCGCCGUCGCCUCCUCCGCCGCCCUCGAACUCCAACGCCUUAAUCACCCCAUCUACCUCGCCAUGCGCGACCCAUCCAAACCCCUUCCAGGCCUCUCCACCUCUAUCCCCCGCCUCCAAGCCGACCUCUCGGAACUCCCCUCCCUAACCCGCGCCGUGCAAGAAUCUGGCGCCACAACCGCCUUCCUCUACACCAUCUGGUCAUCAUCUGACCACAUGGCCUCGACCUUCUCCACCCUGCAAUCAGCAGGGAUAACCUUCAUCGUGCUUCUCUCCAGCUUCACCGUACGCGGCGAUCAGGGUCAAGACACAGAUAUGAGCCAGCACAUCAACGCCGUGCACGCGCGCACCGAGGCAGCGUUGGCAGCGAGCGGCGUGCCGUAUGUCGCUGCAAGACCGGCGUAUUUCAACAGUAACGUGCUCGCAAACAAAGCCGAGAUCAAAGCGGGCAAAGUCGGGCUCGUGUAUCCUGACGUCCCGUUUGAUUUCAUCGCGCCGAGUGAUGUUGGGGUCGUGUGA